UUCUUACAGGGUAGCAAAGUACACUACAGGUAUCACUGGUUGAGCCACAAUGUCAAACACAGUGGAGUGGAUGAUAUGGUCUUGCUUUCUAAAAUCACAGAGGAUUCAAUUGUGGAGAACCUGAAGAAACGAUAUAUGGAUGAUUACAUCUUUACAUAUAUUGGAUCUGUAUUAAUCUCUGUGAAUCCUUUCAAACAGAUGCCAUAUUUUGGAGAAAAGGAAAUUGAAAUGUACCAGGGAGCUGCUCAGUAUGAAAAUCCACCACAUAUCUAUGCUCUUGCAGACAACAUGUACAGAAACAUGAUUAUUGACAGAGAGAAUCAAUGUGUCAUUAUCAGUGGGGAAAGUGGUGCUGGAAAGACUGUCGCUGCUAAGUAUAUCAUGGGUUACAUCUCAAAGGUAUCAGGAGGUGGCCCCAAAGUACAGCAUGUAAAGGACAUUAUACUACAGUCAAACCCUUUACUGGAGGCCUUUGGGAAUGCGAAGACCGUACGGAACAACAACUCCAGCAGAUUUGGAAAAUACUUUGAAAUCCAGUUUAGCCCAGGUGGAGAACCAGAUGGUGGGAAAAUCUCCAACUUCCUGCUGGAAAAAUCUCGGGUAGUAAUGAGGAAUCCUGGAGAGAGGAGUUUUCACAUUUUUUACCAGCUUAUUGAAGGUGCCUCCUCAGAGCAAAAAAGCAACCUGGGCAUUACCAGCAUGGACUACUAUUACUACCUGAGCCUCUCGGGAUCCUACAAAGUAGAUGACAUUAAUGACAAAUCUGAUUUCCAGGAAACACUGCAUGCAAUGAAUGUGAUUGGGAUCUUUGCGGAGGAGCAGACACUGGUGCUACAAAUAGUAGCAGGAAUCCUGCACUUGGGAAACAUCAGCUUCAAAGAAGUUGGCAACUAUGCUGCUGUGGAGAGUGAGGAGUUUUUGGCUUUCCCUGCUUUCCUCUUGGGAAUUAACCAGGACCGCCUAAAGGACAAACUGACCAGCAGGCAGAUGGACAGUAAGUGGGGAGGCAAAUCAGAGUCCAUUAAUGUGACACUAAAUGUGGAACAAGCCUGCUACACCAGAGAUGCUCUAGCCAAAGCCCUCCAUGCCCGUGUCUUUGAUUUCCUGGUGGACUCCAUUAAUAAAGCUAUGGAGAAGGACCAUGAAGAAUAUAACAUUGGGGUCCUGGACAUUUAUGGAUUUGAAAUAUUCCAGAAAAAUGGUUUUGAACAGUUUUGCAUCAACUUUGUUAAUGAAAAACUGCAGCAGAUUUUUAUAGAACUGACACUGAAAGCAGAACAGGAAGAAUAUGUGCAAGAAGGAAUUAGGUGGACAGCCAUAGAUUAUUUCAAUAACAAGAUAGUGUGUGAUCUCAUAGAAAACAAAGUGAAUCCUCCAGGGAUUAUGAGCAUUCUGGAUGAUGUGUGUGCCACAAUGCAUGCCGUGGGCGAAGGAGCUGACCAAACACUACUCCAGAAACUCCAGAUGCAGAUUGGGACUCAUGAACAUUUCAACAGCUGGAACCAGGGAUUUAUUGUUCAUCAUUAUGCUGGAAAGGUAUCCUAUGAUAUGGAUGGUUUCUGUGAAAGGAAUCGGGAUGUUCUUUUCAUGGACCUGAUUGAACUCAUGCAGAGCAGUGAGCUACCUUUUAUAAAGGCUCUAUUUCCUGAAAACCUCCAAGCAGACAAGAAAGGCCGCCCAACUACUGCUGGCAGUAAAAUCAAAAAACAAGCAAAUGAUCUUGUUGGCACCCUGAUGAAAUGCACACCUCACUACAUACGCUGCAUCAAGCCCAAUGAGACAAAGAAACCUCGGGACUGGGAGGAGAGCAGGGUAAAGCAUCAAGUGGAAUAUUUAGGACUGAAAGAAAAUAUUCGAGUAAGGAGAGCAGGCUAUGCAUAUAGAAGAAUCUUCAAAAAGUUUUUGCAGAGAUAUGCCAUUCUGACCAAAGCAACCUGGCCUUCCUGGAAAGGAGAGGAGAAACAAGGAGUUCUCCACUUGCUUCAGUCAGUCAACAUGGACCCUGACCAAUUCCAGCUUGGGAAAACUAAAAUCUUCAUCAAAGCUCCAGAGUCUCUAUUUUUAUUGGAAGAGAUGAGAGAGCGGAAGUAUGAUGGAUAUGCUCGGGCAAUCCAGAAGGCCUGGCGGAAAUAUGCAGCCAAGAAAAAAUAUGUACAAAUGAGAGAAGAAGCCUCAGAUCUGUUGCUGAACAAGAAAGAAAGAAGGCGAAACAGCAUUAACAGGAACUUCAUUGGGGACUACAUAGGCAUGGAAGAGCAUCCAGAGCUACGCCAGUUUGUGGGCAAGAGAGAAAAGAUUGAUUUUGCUGAUACUGUCACAAAAUAUGACAGACGAUUUAAGGGUGUGAAGCGAGACCUUGUCCUCACUCCUAAGUGCAUAUACUUAAUUGGUCGUGAAAAAGUGAAGCAAGGUCCAGAGAGGGGCCUGGUGAAAGAGGUGAUAAAAAGGAAGAUUGAAGUGGAAAGAGUUCUUACAGUUUCUCUAAGCACACUUCAGGAUGAUAUGUUCAUUCUGCAUGAGCAGGAAUAUGAUAGUUUGCUUGAAUCCAUCUUCAAAACAGAAUUUUUAAGCCUUUUAUCUAAGCGAUAUGAGGAGAAAACACAAAGGAAACUACCUCUGAAAUUUAGCAAUACACUUGAUGUAAAGCUGAAAAAGGAGACAUGGGGACCAUGGAGUGCUGGUGGUUCUCGCCAAGUGCAGUUUAUGCAAGGCCAAGGAGAUUUGGCUAUUCUCAAGCCGAGUAAUAAGGUGCUGCAGGUCAGCAUCGGACCAGGGCUACCAAAGAAUUCCCGUCCCACUAGACGGAACCUUACACAAAACAGAGGGAAUUUCGGGAGGACUCAAACUCAGAAUUACCCAAUGAGGGCUGCUCCGCCUCCCCCAGGUCAUCAUCAAAAUGGAGUGAUAAAAACCACGCCGUUUAUACCACAUCCCCAAGUUCCAGCAAAUCAACGAGCCGGUCAGAAGAAUCUGUAUACAGGCAUGGCAUGCCCACCUUUACCACGGCCACUUUCAGGGGGAUCAGGCAAAAUUUCACAUCAGCCACAAAGCCUGGAUUUCCUCAAGGUGCCGGAUCAAGGAGUUGCUGGCAUUCGCAGGCAGACAUCAAGCCGGCCCCCACCAGCUGGAGGGAGACCCAAACCACAGCCAAAACCCAAGCCUCAGGUACCACAGUGCAGGGCACUAUAUGCUUACGAUGCUCAGGACACAGAUGAACUUAGCUUUAAUGCCAAUGAUGUAAUCGAUAUAAUCAAGGAAGAUCCCUCUGGCUGGUGGACAGGGCGAUUACGAGGGAAGCAAGGAUUGUUCCCCAACAACUACGUGACCAAGAUAUAAGAGAACUGAGGAUUUAUUAAAUACAGGAUGGCAUGAAGCUAUCAGUGACUGAGAUGCAGGAGGUUCCCCCCCCAUUUUUCUCAGAGGCCUGUAAUUCUUAGCAGCAUCUUCUCCAGUGGAGUUGUGUACAAGCAGGAAAGAGUCACUCUGUUUACUGUCCAUAAGAUGAAUUGUGCAACUCCAUGCCUCAAACUUAAGUGUGGAUGUACUGACCAAGAAGUUAUUUAUUGUAUUUAAACCUCUUUCUAAUGUAGACUGAACAGAGGUGUGCGCUCAAACCUUGUUUUUCCUGAAAUUACAAGGUGCUUUGCAGUCUGGGACCAGGGACUUCAGAAGGGUUGUAUAAUUAAGUGCCUUUAGUUGAAUAUCAAUAGUUUCUUUCUUAUAAUUGAAGAGAGCAUUAUAUGCACAUUCCUCUGAUACCAGUCAUUCUGAGGAACACAAAGUAUGCUGCUACAUGUCAAAGAUUUAGGAUCAUUUUAGGUAUCACAGCAAUGGUAUAUUUAAAGUAAUUGUGUACAGAUGUAAUAGAGCUCAUUUACUAUUUGCCAGUAAUGUCUAGGGACUCCAAGAAAAGGCACUGCAAAAGAGAAGAAAAAAA